AUGGUGAUCGAGGAGAAGUUGGAUGAAUCAAGAAAAAAUUGUUCGUCUGGUGAUAAUUCACAAGAAUGCCUAGGAAAUGAAGAAAGGUAUCCAUCUGAUGCAUCAGAGAGUGAGGAAUCGGAAGAAGAGCAUGAGAAGAUGAUUUGUUGGAGACGAGUUGUGGAACUUGGAAUUCUAGUGGACAAUUUGGAAAAAGGUUGUGCUGCGUGUGUGCCUUUUCAAAUACAAUGCUUCCUGAAAAUCAAUUACUUUCCCAUCGAAGGUGGGACUGCGGAAUUAGAGUGCACGUCUCAUGAAACCUUUAUCAACCAACACGUAUCCUGGAUUAAUCCACAGAACGAGAUUGUUUCAAACUGCUCAUUUCCUGGUUACUGCACAAUACCAACAGACCCGAGAAUUCAUGUAACAGGUAGAAAUGAGACAUCAACAUUGCGUAUACACAGGGCAGCCUAUACAGUAGAUAAUGGAGUUUGGUAUUGUGUAUUCAACACCUACCAAUCAUUUGAACGACUUUAUAUUAUAUCAAAGCCUGCAUAUUUUUCUUUCCUCAAUCCUCCACCUUACGGCAAAUCGAUUUCAAAAAAUUCGAUACAUUUAAUUUCAAAAGCGGAUUGCAUUUAUCCCGAACCGAAAUAUAUUGACUUGAAGUACAGGAUUAAGGGUAAUGGAAAAUUUAACAUUUUUCAAUUGAGAAGACCAAAAUAUCAAUAUAUUACGAAUACAUCUUUAUGCCGAGACCACGAAACUUCAAUAAACAUCACGAUCCACUUAUACAAAGACGACUUCCAUAAAGUAAUUGUGUUCUUCAAGUUUUCUUACACCACGUUAUCAGGACAUACAUUCAGUACUACCGAUGUAGUUGGUAUAACCUUUCCAGGCAGUUCAACUGCAUGCCAUUUGAAUCCUUGUCAACAUAAUGGCAGCUGUUUAGAAUCUGGAGAAUGCAACUGUUCAUCAAAGUUUACUGGAUCGUUUUGCGAAGACGCAAUAAGCAACGAAGGCACCAUCCUCCCAAGAUCUUCAACGACUGUCAUUUCAACAGUUUCUACAACAGAUGGACUGGACGAAAAUGUCUUAUAUAUAAUUUUGGUAUUGAUAGCGAUAUUUUUGCUUGGUUUUGGGUGCGUGUGCUGGUUCCGAUACAAAGGAAAUAACCCAAACGUUUAUGGUGAAUUAGAAGAUACAACUUGGUGUUGCAGUUUUACAAAUCGGGCUUCGAAUGAAAUAAACACCGAUGUGUCUCCAGAAGAAACUGCUAAAAUUUCAGCAGAUACAACGUUGGGUGUAGAUGCUAAAGAGACAGAUGUGUAACCGAAAUGCAAAUUGUUUGCAACAUGCUGACUUUAAGAAGACAGUGGAAUCAUGUUAAGUUAAAUUUUAUAAAAGCGUCUGUGAAAUUAUCAUUGACUUCUAAAUGAUAAUAUAGUAAAAUUAUAUUGUACAUUGUGUACAUAAUAUGCAUAAAUAAUUAUCAUACAUAUUGUCUUUAUGCUUUAAGGUGAUGUUAGACGUUCAAGUGCGAUAUAAUAGUACGGAAAAGGAAAAAAAAAUCACACCCCUAAUUUGUAUUCAUAUCAAAGUGGCUUGGAAUGUUUGUUUAAAGAUAUUACCACUUUCUUUAGAUACGAAUCAUAAUAUUUCAAACUAUUCAUUCUGUUUAUUCAUGUGAAAGAGUUAUGGUGAUUUUUAAAAUGUCAUUAACGAAUUUUACACAACUAUUAAACAAGAAAAAAAUAUCUUAAUAUUAAUGAAACACAAAGCUUUAAGCAUUUUCAAAAGAUUCAAUGAGAAAGAGAAUUUCUUAUCAUAACGAUAAUGUUCUUCAAAGUGUCAAAGAAUCUAAAUAUUUGGGGAUUGCAUUCUCCUGGUACAGGUUGUUGUAGUAAAGCCAAUACGUAGGAGCUAUGUAUAAUGUCAUUGAAUGAAAGAACAAUGUAGUCCUUUUAGGUUACCUGUGAAAUGCCAGAUCGACUUGUUUUAUAACAUUAGGGCUAGUAUUAUUAUAUGGAUUUCAGAAAUCGAGAUUUGAAAAUUGAGGUACUGUAGUGGACAGUAUAGAGGGAAUUUAUACUGUCUCGCUUGAGAACUAGCUUUUCUGGGUAUGUAGUAGAUUCUCUCCAUUGAUUACGCGGUUAAGAAACGGCGGAUGUGAUCAGUCCUUAGAUAAGUGACCGCUACUUGUUACAAA